ACAACAUGGACUCCGCAGGACUCCACAGCAAAACAGCGUGUGGUGGUCGUAGCUGUGUUUGGCAAGAGUGGCUUAGAUUCUGGAGGAUGCAAAGCCGCAGCCCUGGAGCUGAUGGUGGGAAGGAAGAUCUUUCAGAGGGACAUGACGCAUCCCAUUGCUAUUGAUGAAGAGACAAUGACCGGAGUGGAAGGGUACUAUGAUCCUGACCGUCGAGCCAUAUAUCUUCACCUGACUGGUGCAUAUGACACGGCAGCUCUCAUUAGCGCCUUAGAAACCAUGCAUCAGCAACUCCAGGAAAAGGGAUUCCUGAUGGCCUGGUCCAGCCUAAAGCUGGCCUAUGCACGAAGUCUGCUGGUGCUGUUUUCUGUCUCUCAUUUGCUCCUUCUGUGCCAUCCAACACAUGUCUUUGAUAUUAGUUACAUUCACCUCUUCCGUACCCUAGAUGCAAUCAGGUCCAAAGCCCAGAAUUACAUAGCAGAAACCCUAAGGCUUGUGCCAGGAAUCAGCAAGGACUGGGUCUCAUUUGGUCGACUCUGUGCACCCCGGGUUCUCUUCAUAUUCUCGUCACACCUCUUGCCAGCACAGAUUCGUUCUGGACAGGACAACUCUGCUGUUCACAGGUCUAUGGGAGGCCACAGGUCAUACAGAACCUCCCCACCAAGCCCUCUUCGAAACCUGGAACUUGCUCUAGAAGAUCAAAUAUACCGUCUCCUUCGUAAAAGCAGAGUCAUAACCAACAUCAGUGCAAAUUCUCUGUUUGCUCUUCCAAGCAUAUACAUCAUGGAGGAAGGGCAGGAGGAAGUGCCAGCUGCUUCCUUGAUUAAUGACACUCUUCAUAACCUGUGCUCUGCAUCAGACUCUAACUUAAGCAGUGAAUUAAGCCAACUGACUAUUGGAUCUAGCAACAAACCUCCUCCUCAGAAAAGGAAGGAAGCAGAGGAACUGCUGCUGACUCUCUCAGUGCAUCAUUUUGUCUGGGUUGCAACAGAGCGAAAGAGAAAUCUUGAGCACAGCUUUAAUGUGUUUCUUCAGCAGCACAUUGACCAAGCAUUAGGGAAGGGCUUUGAUGAUAAUGUUGGAAGACAUUCUGGCCCUGUCUUCUUCUAUGUCCCACAUGCUGGCAUAUGGUUUGAAGCUGUAAACAAAGUGUACAAGUUCUUCUGUUGUGACCCCUCAGAGAAAGACACAAAAGCAAAACAGGUUUUAAAUAGUCUUCAAAUUCUGGUGGAGACAGAAGUCAGAUUUAGUGAUGCUCGAUGUGCCAAGGUUUUGCCAAUUGCCAUUUCGGCUUACAAGGAUGGUCUUCCCCCCACUACACCAGCUUCAUCAUCAGGAAAAGAGGGCCAAUGUAUGUAUGAUGAGUAUGUGGCCCAACUGGAGGAGGCUUGCGAGAGGAUUUGGCAGGAUGGUCGUAUGGGGUGUGAGACACUGUCACUUACUGGCAACACUUGUAAGCAUCCAAGACACAAGACACCUUCUGAUUCAGAAGAUGACAGCUCUGUACCUGUGAUGAGUCACAGCUCCGGCAGGUAUGUCAGCUUUUGUAACUGUGGGCGGAGACAGGGCCAACGUGAGGAUCCGUUUUCUACUAAGGCAGCAAACUACACAUUUUAUGAACAGUUAUCAGAAACUUGUUGCAGCCGCCUGGAUACAAUUUCUUUUCCAACAUUUAAAUCAAGUGUUAUUGAUGCAAAAGCUGCAAAUGUGAAUGGCUCUGAAAGUGAAGAGAUAGAGGCUGAUACAAUCUCCACAGUCAAGCGAGAGUCCCGGGAACAGCAAGACUCAGAGACCCCUCACACCCCAGGGUUGAGCCUGGUGGGAACAGGUCUGAGCGGGAGCAUGAACAGUACUACAGGCACAGCAGCAGCUCGCAUGACAGGCGAUCCAGCACAUAUUGGCUCACAAGUAGUGAUUACCCUCACCAAAGAUGACACCAAAACCAUCACUAAAGACCGGGGAAUAAUUCGACAGGCCUCAACAACAGAGUACUUGCCAGGAAUGCUUCACACCAACUCACCAGCAGGUUUACUUCCUCGUUGGUCUUCAUGGUCACUCUGCUGUUUGGGACCCUCCUCUCUUUACUCACACAAUGCAGGUAUAUGUGAUCAGCCAGGAUUUUUGCCAGGCACCAAUUUCUUAUUACCUUGGGAUGUGACAGUAAAAAUUGAAGACCGGAACAAGUGGCCAGCCAUAGCAGACACUCUUGGCAAGAAAGCCCUUUUGCUCAAAAAUAAAAAGAACAGAGUUGGUGAUAUACACGAGUUCAGUGUCAAGAUCUUCCUUGGUGUUGAAUAUGAGUGUGUCAGAGGGCACCGAUUUAUGAUGGCAACUCCAGACCGACAUUUAAAGGCUUCCCCAUCAGGGCUUGUAAGCAAUGCCACCAAGAUUGCAAAUGCUGAUAUGCCACUCUACUUCCCAUGUCCCUGCAGCCGUUCUGGAGGCAUUGUGAAUGGACAGCUAAUGAGGCUUCAUGUAGUAACUCCCAAAGCACCAGUCAAUGUCACACAACCUCAAGUGCAGCCAGGGCCAGAUCCUUGCCCAAGAUAUAUUCCCCAGCCUUGCAACUCGCUCCCAGUCAAACUCUCAGCCUCAGCUUACUGGGUUUUGCGAUUGCCUUAUGUGUAUGUUGGCGAGCAAGGUCCUCACUAUCUCCUGACCCUCGACAACCAACUCCUCCAUCUUUCUUACCAUCAUUUAACAGUACCUCGUAAUAGAAACAAGACCUGCAGCAAGGAAAAGGAGGAGGAGGAGGAAAUGGCAGACUCAAAGAAAGAUGACUUCUGGUUUCAUAAUACUCACAAUCAAUUUUCCUUGAGACCGAAGAUACAGCCAUGUUGUUGGACUGAGAGCUUGGACCUGCCAAAGAUAUGA